AUGCCUCCCUUCAAUCCGACCGUCACCGAGUUAUAUCGCAAAGAUGUCGCAUCGGGUGGACGACUGCUUUCUGCGGCAGAGCGUGAAAAGCUCCUGCAACCGUACCUACCACCUGUUCCUGCGCCGUCUUCAAGGAUGGACAGCAUUACUUCCACCACCGCACCUCGCCAUGCGUCCAGAGGCCACAAGCGGCGCAUACGACCCUUCUUGAAAACCAAAAUCCAUACCCUCCUGUUCUUCCUCAUCCAACUCUUCUUUGGCAUGUAUAUCCGCCUGCGCCAGAUCUACCAUGCCACGCUCGACCGAGGCCUCGCCAUACGACAUUAUCACCACCGCACCCCCGAGUACAUCCAGCGAGAUGUCAAGAACCUCGACCGUCUCCCUCGACACCUCAGCGUGAUAUUAAAGUACAAGAGUGAAGAAGACGGAGGACUCGAAGCGCUCGUGGACGAGGUGGCAGAGUUGAGCGCCUGGUCAGCGUCUGCUGGAAUACCGCUGUUGAGCAUCUACGAAAAAUCAGGGAUCCUAAAGACGUACAUGGCCAGCGUGCAAGAGGUUGUCAGCCAGAAGCUUACGUCUUACUACGGUCCUGCGCCUGCAGCGCCUAGUCUCAGAGUAUUCGCACCCAAUCUCCCCUCGACGAGCCCUUCGCCGAUGCCCUCACCACGCAUCCCUGCCCACUCGCACGCGAGUUCAGAGCGGCGCCAACAUCUGGACCUCCUUCUCCUCUCAGCCACAGACGGAAGGGACACACUCGUCGAUCUCACACGGACACUGGCUGAAAUGGCACAGUCGCAUAAGAUCCGCCCGAAGGACAUUACUUCCAACUUGAUCAAUACAGAGAUCAGUGCGACGACAGCGAUCACCGACUCAGGACACCCAAAAUCAAGUAAAGAUGCCGAUGCUGGGGAGCCUGAUCUAGUUGUAGUGUUUGGCCCUUAUGUCAAACUUGAAGGCUACCCGCCCUGGCAGAUCCGAUUGAGCGAGAUCUUCUGUGUCGGUGACUCAGGUGGAGAUGUGUCGGGGAGAACCAGCACCAGGGUCGAAUAUCAAGCCUUCUUGAGAGGGCUAUGGAAGUAUGCCGGUGCUGAGAUGAGAUUCGGUAGAUGA